AUGGAAGCGGAUUUAUUGGAUUGGGUAUUCUCGAUCACUUUGCAGACAAAAAGGCCUAAUCCGGGACAAGUACCAAUGAAAACGAAAGAGAUGGGGAGCGCUGGAGGCGGACAAGCUACUCCAAAUCUGAGAACACUUAAGCAGUCUGAAUACAAACCGCAAACAGCUAAAACUGAUUUGGAGAACGCUGCAGGAUUUUCUUCUUCUGCUUCUCACCAGGACGUUGUGGGGCAACUGGAAGCUCUGUCAGUUUAUGAUUUCGAUAACGUAGUGAAUUGCGCUGCUUUGAAAGAGUUUCAGGAAGAUGUUGACUGGUAUGAGAAUGUUUUCUUUGAAAACUUUUUUGGCCUAAAAAAUAACGCUUCAAAUUCGGAAAAUACAUCAUCCGAGGAAAAGUCCACUGUGAUGACGGAUCGGAAAAAGAAAAUCGAGGGCGAAAACUCAAGACCAAAAAGGGUUAAGAUGCAGCACAUCGAGCAGGAUUUGUCACCUGGAAAUGCGACAUUUCUGCAAAGCGUGCUGGGACAUCCGGAAGGAGUUAGCAACAUCAAUGUCCAGCAUCAAUAG